GCGGAAGCGCGCGGGCCGCGGGGCGGCCGCUCCGCCCAGCGCGGCCAUGGUGCGGAGCCGGCGCGGGGGCCGGCGCGGGGCUCGCAGCCUCGACACCUUCGCGGCGGACGCGGAGGCUGCGCUGAGAGCUUGCCUGGAGGGCGAGGGGGCCGCGGCCGGAGGCGGCCCGGAGGCCAAGUUCCCCUGCCCCCUUGCCAUGUGGGAGCUCGGACACUGCGAUCCCAAGAAAUGCACCGGGAGAAAACUGGCCCGGAAAGGGUUACUCCGAACCCUGCGCCUUCGCCAGAGGUUCCCGGGCGUCGUCCUCAGUCCGCUGGCCACGGAAUACGUCUCUCCCGCUGACAGGCAUGUCAUUGCUCAGAGUGGAAUUGCAGUCAUAGAUUGCUCAUGGGCCAAAUUAGAAGAAACUCCCUUUAAGAGAAUGAGGGGGAAUCAUCCUCGGUUGCUGCCUUACUUGGUGGCUGCAAAUCCUGUAAACUAUGGUCGGCCGUGCAAGCUGUCCUGCGUGGAAGCUUUUGCUGCAGCGUUUUGCAUUGUUGGAUUCCCAGACCUAGCCACCAUUCUUCUGAGGAAAUUUAAAUGGGGUAAGGCAUUUAUUGACUUGAACAAAAAUCUCUUGGAAAAAUAUGCAGCCUGUCAUUGCCAGGAUGACGUGCUAAGCAUUGAGAAGGACUUUUUAGCUACUGUCCAAGAAACAAAAGAUGAAGACGUAGAUCCAUUUGAUGUUGACUCAGGAAAAGAGUAUUCUAAUCCCAACAGGCCAGUCAGUUCCCCAGGUCUAGCACAAAGCAAGGAAGACUCUGAGGAGGACAGCGUGAGCACUCCAGAGGAUGCCACUGAAAGCAGUGAAAGCAGUGAUGAGAGCAGUCCAGAAGAUCAUGGUACUGUAAAGUUACUGCAACAGCUGCCAAUAAAUCAACUAUUUGAAAAGUGAAAAAAAAAAAAAGAAAAUCAAACCCAACCCUCCUCAAGAAACAAAACCCUCCACCUACCAGAAGAACAUUAAAAACAUCCCCAGUAAUCCCAAAGAGUUGUAACAUCUUGUAUAAAGAAAUUUCAUUGUGAACAGUUAA